AUGUUGUCGGAACAGGCUCUCAACAAGCGGAACUGGGAGGGGAAAGAGGAUGUUCUCCUCUUGGAACUGCACGCUGCUUAUGGGCCGAACUGGACUCGCAUCGCAGGGGGGAUGGGCAUCCGGUCGGCCAAGCAGUGUCGGGAGCGGUACACGCAGCACCUCAAGCCCGGACUCAACCGCUCUCCCAUCUCGGACGACGAAGGGCGGCAGAUCAUGAGGAUGGUCAGCGAGAGCGGGCAACGGUGGGCACAGAUUGCCAGGAACCUGGGCACCAACCGCAGCGACAACCAGAUCAAGAACUGGUGGAACGGAGCCAAACGCAAGGAGACGUCCAAGAGACAAGAGGCGGGCCAAGAACAGCACAGCCAGCGUCAGCAGUACCCUCAAGAUCUCUCGCCGUCGUUGGGACUCGCUGCGCUUCCCGAACGCCGCGGGAUCCUCCCUCCUGUCCCUCUUGACCUCCCCUUCGAGGUCGCCCGCUCCCGGUCCUCGCCCGCUCGUUCCUACGACUCGGAGCGGCCCCCGUCCCUCGUGUCGGACAACGGGUCAUCCUGGAGCAUCUCGCAGCCCGCCUCCGCAUCGUGCUCGCCCACCACCUUCUCACUGCCACCCCUCCUCUACGCGCCACCAACACCACCAACAGGCAGCUGUCUCCCCGCCCCUGCCCUCCUUAGCCAUAGCUUUGGGCCGGGCCCAAUUCGCCGGUCGUCCGAGGUCAUGCAACCAAACACCUACUCCCCCCGUAGCCACUACGUCACCACGGCACCCAACACGCCCAUCGGCCGGGCUUCGAUCUCUUCGUCGCGCUGGGAGCCGUACCCAACAAAGGGGCGGAGGCCAAGCACUGGGUACUCGUACCAAGAGCACGAGCAUGAUAGCGAGGGCGAGAGGAGAGGCAAAAACUCACUCUCGUUCCUGCUUAACUAG